AUGUUCCUUGACGACAAACCGUUCGGUCGGGACGCCGAUCACCGGGGCUAUGCCGGGUUCAGGGGCCGCUGUGUUCCGAUCUCUCGCCAGAUCAUCAACGUGAUCGGCUGUGCUCUGGCGAUCCCGCUCUACUAUCUAACGACCGCGCACAGCCGGUACCCGGUUACUCUAGAUAUCGUCAUCACGAUCGCCCUAACAGAAUUCAACCGCUAUGUGAUCGAGGGGCGUCGGUCAGCCUUCCACGGCCGAUACCUCGGCUUCUCUGAGCACGACUUCGAAGGGAGCACGGAGAAGGAACACCACAUCCCUGACAUCGAGAAACGACCGACCUCGGCCAAGCUGAAAUGUCUGGCGGCAGUUGUCGGAUGGCGCGAAGACCCAGCGUUGUAUGCCCGGGCCCUUGAGAGUUACAAGACCUCCAAGGCGUGCGUAUUUUUGCUGGCAGGAAUUGAUGGAGAUGAAGAAGAGGACCAGGACAUGGUCAAAGUUUUCAAGAAGACUUACCCUGAGCGUUCGGCGGUGAUCCAAAUCCCUGAACCCUUUGGGCCGAUUGCUGAGAGAGUUCGAUCGCAGGCUCUGGCUCAAAUGCGCCGCCAAGAUGAGCCCCUGGACGGUGCGGAAGCCGACGCCAUCGCGAUGCAGUAUUGCGUUGAGUUGGCCAAAAGCAUCUUAGUCCAACACAAUCUCGGGAUCGGGGCACCAGGCGGAGUCCGCCACCUGUGUCUCAAGCAACGGCACAUGCACAAGAAAGGGAUCAUGUUUACCGCAUACAUCUUCUCUCUCGUCAUUGCGGACAUAUUGGGCGUGGAGUUCCUCUGGUCGUCCGAUUCGGACACCAUCGUCUUUCCCGACUCGCUGGAGCGCACCAUCAAUACCAUCGCCCACGAUCCUAAUGCCGGGGGGGCAAGCUCCGGACUUGUGAUUCAUAACUCGCAAGAGACCACCAUCACGAAACUCGCAUCUGCUGUGUACUGGGGUGAACUGUAUCUCACCCGAUCAACUCCGGCCUGCACCGGAACAAGCGAUUGCCAAAGUGGCCCCAGCACCGCGUUCCGUUUAGCUGCUCUUCCGGAAAUCUUGGUCCCGUGGUACUUGCAAAAAGCUCUAGGCAAACGCAUGAUCGUGAACGAGGAUCGCCACCUCACGACGAAUCUGCUCCUCCGAGGCUGGAAGGUUAUUUUCGCGUCCGACGUUCUCACCGCGACAGACACGCCAACCACAAUGGCAAGAUGGCUCAAGCAGCAAGUUCGGUGGGCGAGAGCGACACAUAUUGAAUCGCUGCUCCAUCCCCGUGUCUACGCCACCAGCCACCCGCUUCUCUUUUACGGAAUGGCGAAGCGCGAAUUCGGUCCUGCCAUUGGUGCCAUCGCCAUCAUAUGGUACUUCUUCACUUCUCAACAGCUCAUCGUCUUCUCCGCCAGCGAUCUUCUCUUUCGGGUGCUCGUCGGGUUUGUGUACAACUUCUUGAGAAAUCCAGAUCGUCUCACAGGAAAGGGACUUUUAUGGGUUGCCCCAAGCAUCCUGUUUUAUUAUGUUCCCCUCCCUGCAGUGCACCUUUGGAGCAUGUUGACGAUGGGUGCGGAUGGAUGGGGAACGACCAUGCGAGCCAGUGGAGAGCGGGCGCGCAAAGAGAGUCUGAGAAAAGCGUGGUUUGAAACAGGUUUUUUUGUCGCAUGGAUGGGCAUUCUGGGCGGCGUAGCGGCGAAGGCGCUUGGGAUAUAUUUUUGCAUGGUCUGGCAUGAGCGGAUGGCCGCGACGUUGGUUGGAACAAUGGUUGGGGCAUUUCUAGCUUGGAACAUUACCAUCGGCGCAUCAUAG